AUGGAUGAUUAUGAACGCUAUUUUGUUACUCAUUGUCGCGCUUGCAAAAAGGCUAUUAAUGCUGUGAAUGAAUUUGGCAAAAUUGUAAGAAUCGUUGUUGAGGAUCGGGAGUAUCAUAUUCAAUGUUAUUGUUGUGAGGGUUGUGGAAUGCAAUUAAGCAAUGAACCCCAAAACAAAUGUUAUCCCAUUGGAGAACAUUUACUUUGCCGGAGAUGCCACACUUUAUGGAGACGAAUGGGUGCCUUGGAAACUGAUGCAGCCGUUUCAGACUUGUAGAAAAUAAUGGAAGAUUUAAAGAAAAUAUAUUCAGUAAGAGGUUGCACGUAUUAUACUCCAAAAAAUUUUGAGCAACCUCACUAAAUGC